AUGUAUGGCAUUUUCCCGUGUUUCUUCGUUCUUCUACUGUUUCUUCGUUCUUCUUCUAUCGCCGCUGCAUCCAAGAGCUUCGCUGAGUCCAGCUUUCUUCUUCCUUUGCAUCUCCACCAUUGUUGUCGCUGCUUGCCGCGCCUCCCCCGCCGCUGCUCGUCGCGCCUCCGUGGCGGUGCUCGCCCUGCCUCCGUCGUGUUUGUGACCGCCUUCUUCACUCCUCCCUUGCUCGUUCAUACCGGUUUGUACCUUCGUCGCGGUCUUACCUUCGUUGCGCCGCGUUCUCCACCACUGCUCCUCUCCCUUGCUCGGGUUAAGCAAACUGACGUUGUUCCACCUGUUCAAUCUGCGAAGAAGCCUGCCCAGCCUAAGGAGUCGAAGCCCAAACCUAAGGAUGAGCCGAAGAAAGUGGCUAAGCCAGAGCCAGAGAAGCCCAAAGAAGAGGCAGAAGAUGCAGAAGAGGAGGCACCCAAGCCCAAACCCAAAAAUCCCCUUGAUCUUCUUCCUCCAAGCAAGAUGAUAUUGGAUGAGUGGAAAAGACUCUACUCAAACACCAAGACCAACUUCUACGAGGUUGCACUCAAAGGUAUUAUAUGGCUUUCUGUGUUUUAA